AUGACGGUUUUCUUUUUGAUAACUUUGACUGUUGGUGCGCAGCAAACAGUUGUACGUACACAACAUCGUCGUCCACAGCAUGGGCCACAGCAUGGAUCACAACAAGGAUCACAGCAAGGGCUGCAGCAAGGACUACAACAAGCAUCACAACAUGGAUCGCAGCAUGAGUUACAGCCAGAACAGCUACAACAACCGCAACAUGGUGAACGGACACAGGCUGGCAUAUUAAUAGUAAUAAUAUGGUGUGGAGUAAAACUGUAG